UGCUGGUCCGGUCUCUCUCAGACCAAUCCAGAUCUCUGUACUCACAUCACUGGCUGCCACCGUGCUCACCAGUGCCGUCAUGUGUUCGCUGUUGCCAACUGUAGCAAGGUCGAUGUGUUUCUUCCUGCAGUAACUCUGGGCGUCAUUCCAGUUCAUAGCCGUGUUGAUCAGAUAAUACUCAUAAAUAACAUCUGAACACAAACUGAUGCCACCUGUUCAGGGACAUCCAACAGUCUGUUAUUAUAUCAGCGUUCAUUUAAAUUAAACACAAUCAUUACUUCAUUUCUUACACUUACCUGAAGCUAGCAGUAAAAUCAGUAGAUGGAGUGUCUUUUUGCUAAGAUAUAAAAUGGUAAAUGUUAUACAAGUUGUUAAAAAAAAUAAAAUGAACACAGAUAAAAGUUUUGCACUUGUUAGCCCACUAAAGCAUCCUUUUACACCGGUCCAAGUCAGAGCUUUUUUUAAAGGCUGUGUGUGUGCUGGCAUGUAUUUUAGAGAACCAUAAUAAAAUGAUUGGUAAACAUUUUGUUAAAUAAUUAAGAGUAGUUUUUACUUUGCUUAAAUCCCCGUACGGUAAUAUCCAUUUAUUUUCUCACUUCCUGGUAAAAGAACAUUUUGAAUUAAUGUAAAGCUACAUAAAAUAUUGAAACCAGUACGGGAUAGACUUUAUAAAAUUCAUUUUUAAAAAGUGCAGAAUCCUACAUUCUUAACUACAGUGACUCUUAUCAUCUAAAAGGGCAAUCCCAUGAAACGUGUGAAUGUUUUCCAGAGCUAUAAUGAUUUGUCAGUUCGUUAAUAGAUAGAAAAUUAUGAUUUGACAACUACUUUGAUAAUAAACUGAUUGCUUAAGGGAUUUCUUCAGCAAAUAUUACUGUCUAGUAAAGAUUUGCUGAUUUUUCCCUGGUAAAACUGUAAAUCUUUGGGAAAGGGAAAACUUAAUGGUCCUUUUUGGAUACGAUUCCAAAUUCAUAUUUGAGAAAAUGGUCUCACAUAAAGGGUGAAUGAAAAACACUAAUAGUAUAUAUGAAUGGUUGACAUAAAUUACAUUAAAUCAUAAUAUUUAUAUCUAUCCGUGCUUUCCAAUACUUAAAUGAAGUCAAAUUGAAUAAAUAAUCUCAUAAGUCUUCAUUAUUAGCUUAUGUAACGUAAAAAUAUCGCUAUUCUUGAACUCAUUUUAAGGCAGGAUUUUAACAACUUCAUUCUAUUUUAUUGUAGCAUCACAAAAAAAAUCACAGAAUUUCACAUUUAUUUAUGCAUUAAAUGCCUCCAUAUAGUCUAAAUUCUGCCCCAAGACAAGAAAUAAAAAGACGAUGUCUGUUCAUAUGUGAUCAUAGAAAAUAAACUCCACACUUAGUGCUUUCUAGGAAAUUCUGUAUUCGUGUGGCCAUGACCUUGACCUUAAAUAACCCAAGCAUCAUGCUGGAGAAUUACUAUACACCUACACCACCUUCUCUUUUCAGCAUAUUUUGUUGGUGUUACUCACUAAAUAAAUUACAUUUCUUACCUGAUGUGCAGAUGUGUCAUCGUGACAAAUGAGGUGAACUUUUGCAAGUCGUUAAUCUUCCUUCUUCUUCCAUAUGAUGUGAUUUGGUCUCUCCAAAGAACCUUUGUAUUUGGCUUUAUGGAAAUUGUGUUUGCGUUUGACCAUAGCAAGCACAUAUUUGCAUUUCACAAGGAAAUUUUAAGACGCAAGUAGAGUUAUGGGGUUAGGAGAGGAUGAUGGUGAUGUCAUGUCUAUGUUGUUUUUAUCUAUAACAUCUAUAAAUCUAUAGAUAGCUAAACUGAGAGAUACAGUAGAUGAAGGUGAGAAAAUUUAUAGCAGCAGUUGUAUAGAAAGAGAGGUCAGACUUUUCUUAUAGUUUUUAGAUAACUUGUUAAAUAUAUAUGUUGAAGUCAAUUUGCCGUUCAUUCAAAGAUAAAAUCUUAAAUUGUAGCCGAACAGUUUUCAUGUAACUUUUUGGACCAACCUGGAGAGCACCAAACAUUAACUUAACUUUCCUCUCUUAAAUCAUCUUUCAGGUUUUACAUCCAGCUUUUCUGUCAUUAUAGAAAUAACACUGCAUCAUUUGUAACCGGUACCCAAUAUUGCAGCGAUGGUCAUCACCUUUCUAUUUUGGGCCAUUGUGUGUGGUGACAGAAAUUGUCUUGUUUUGGUCCUGUUAUUCUUUCUCUUCUGUAUUUCUCUCAUCUCCUGCCACCUGUCUUCCUGUUUCUUCUUUCAGUGGUGAGGUCAGCAACAAACCCUCCUCUUAUUAUCCGGUCUGUCAGACUUCAGCUUAUGCCCCCAAAAGCCACCAAUGAUCCACAUACAUUCCCUGUUCCUCUUCUCGAAAUGUUACCGCAUGUUCAAGCACAUUCCCCAGUCCAUUUGCUCCAACUGAACCAUCACUUGUACUAAUCUGAACCCUAAAACCAAGUAUUAACACUUACUUAUCUGGAACCACCCUCAUCCUCUCUCAAGUCUAAAACUAAAAUAACCUGAAACCGGUCAGAAUGAUUAUAUUCAGACGAUUUGAUUUUUGUCCCCAAAAGAGGGUCUGGUCCUCGUAAUGUGACCUUAUAAACAGGUCUAUGUCCCCACAAUGCGGGUUGUACAAGUACAGACACACACACACCUCCUUGUUACCCCAGAAGACCCCGUAUAUAAAGCUCUGUUUAGUUUCCCCUCUAGUCGCUACUCCUCUUCAUCACCGGUGAACAUCUUUAUCUUUUGCUGUUCAGGUAAGUGCUUUGACUUUUCCUCUGUAAUUCUCUCGUCCUAAAACAAGAUGUUUCUUCUUUCUUUUAAUAGGUCAAAUAACUCAUGUCAAGAGGGUCUCUGAUGGUUUUGAAACCAAAGAGAAUCAUCACAAAAGCUGAUGUUUCUCUGAUUGUGUUUUUUGCUUGAUAUGUUGGUGGGACAAUGUUAAAGUGCUGCCCACAAACAGCAAAACAUUUAUUGCAUCAUUUUUUUUAACAAAUAAAAGCAAAUGAGUGAUUAAAUGGUCAAGAUGUUCUAAAUAUUCCAAACUAACUGUGUCUGAUAAACAAUUCAAUUUCCCUAAUAUUUUAAUAACAAUAAUUUUGUAAAAUCUUUAGAUAUUUUUUUUUUUAAAUCAUGCUAUCAGCCUAGCUUAUCUUUAACAUUGUUUACUGUGUGUUUUGUCUCUUGGUAAAAUAAAUUACAUUACAUUAAAAAUGCAGGUGUAAGAAGUUGGAGAGCGUCUGUAGCCAGAAAAGUACUGUAUUUUAUUCUAAUGUCGAUGCGUGAACCAGACAGUUACUGGUGCUGGAAUAUUUUGCGAUGUCAGCCAUCAAGAAAAGUAUUUAUUUUAAUUGUACAAUGUCACAAAUAUAAUAUAGUCAAUAUCUGUUUGUUCCAGUUACUCAGAGAUGCUAUAUUAUGUUAAUAGUGAGUGAAAUAUGUACAUCCAUUCCAUAUUUUCACAACUUGUGUGUAAUUUGAUAGAUGUUUUAGGCUGCAGUUUUAGGCAUAUUUGAGACUAAAUUACAAUAAAACUCAAUAAACCACAACUGCAUGAUAAAAUGUAAUUCGUUUGACACUGGCACACCAGAGUGGACAAAGCUGUAAUAUAUCUCUGAAAUGAAACAUGCCCCAUCAUGACAUGAAGUUAUUCUCGGUGCCCUUGGGCUCUCUGUCCAUCUGUCCAGCUCAGUGUGACUCUGCCGGUCAGUUUAGCCAACAGUGAAGCGAUGCAUCGAAUUCCUCUCCCAAUCCUUCAUCUGCCUUUUGUCCGAGCCCCUGUUUAUUCAGAUUCACAUGCUCAUACUUUGAGAUCUUGGCUGAAAACUAACCAUGAAGGGAUCUGAGAGGCUCGGCCGGCCUCAGCGCCUGAUCUAGCAUGUUAAUACGGCCAAAGACAGGCAGUCUGGGAGGGCUUUCAGUUGUUUGUGUAGAAAUGAGUGCACUGGAAAAUUAGCCUAUCGUAGCUGUGUCUAGCCAGAAACCCAUUUUGUCUGUUUAUUUAGUUUAACUGCAUCUCAUCAGACAGCUCUGACUUUGCUCCCCAUAAAUAUAAAAUCUGCUCCAACAAGUCACAGUGAAAUAUGUGUAUAAACUUCUGAAGUGAUGGUGAGGAAUGCUAAAAUAUUUAUGGGGCUCCACACACAUUUAGGCAUCCUUUCAAUUCAGUGAGGCUGCAAGUAGAUGAAAUGAUAAUAGAGGACUUGGCUGGUGUUAAUAGCAGCCAGCCGACCAGCUUAAUCUGUCCAUCCCACAUUCUCUCUUGUAAAUCAAAUUAAAGAAGAAGGAUUGGACAGCUGGUACUUCACUCCUAUCCUGGGUAACAGCAUGCUUCUCUGCUCUAUUGUCCCUCAGACCUCUUCUAUUCCUGGACCAUUAGCUACAAAGAACCUUUCCCUUAAUCUUAUUCUUCGAACAAUGCUGUAACUCACAUUGAAAAGAUGCCGUUUCGUGUUUGGUUGUUAGGCGACAAACGUGUGUUUUUAACGCAUAGAAAAGCUCAGCCAUCAGGGAUGUGUAAGAAUAGUAUUUCUACAAGAAUCUUUUCGGAUGCAUCCCAGCGACAGUAUUAUUCCAAAAAAUGUUAUGAGAAAGUUCUGCAAAGCUACUAGUGUUAUCCCUUCUCAAAGAUAUAUUAACAUUCUCAGAGGCGAGUGUAAAAACCUUUGGUCUUGUGCUAACAUUUACUGAAUGUUGUAUUGAGCACAUUGUGAGAAUGCCUUACAAAAGAACAUUCUGUAAUGUCAUGUAAUGCUCGAUAACUUCCUGAAAGCAUUAUUUGAAUUUAUGUCUUCCUCUUGUUAUCGUGUAACGCAAUCUGUGACCCUGACAACAUCCUCAAAAUGUUCUGUGAACAUUGCGGUCAAAAAAUGUCCUAUGUUAAUGUUGAACAUGAAGUCUUAUCUAUCUAUCGUCAUCACCUGUGUUUUAUCAAUCUGUUUUAUCUUUGUGAGUGAGAAUGUUAUUGCAGAGAAAGUUCUGAGAGCAUUGAAUGGAGCAAAGUUGUGUUUUAUUGCUUUUGAGUUAGGCAAAUAAAUGGAACAAACCAUGUUGCUGACAUAAUCUGCAAAUUUAUGAAGCCACUGUCCUUUUUUUGGUGAAACUACGAUUAAAGAUAUGAUUUAUGAUUUUCAUAUGUCUGGUUUUCUCUCCAGUGGCACCAUGUCUUAUUCAGAAGAACAUGGUGGGCAUCAGGAGGAAGAAGAUGAGGAGCAGGGGGAGGGAGAAGAAGAACGCCCCAAAUACAAGCCGCUGGUGACACAGCUUGCUGCCCCAAAAAUCCCAGAAGGGGAGAGGGUUGACUUUGAUGACAUCCACAGGAAACGGAUGGAAAAAGAUCUUCUGGAGCUGCAGACUCUGAUUGAUGUCCACUUUGAGCAGAGGAAGAAAGAAGAAGAGGAGCUGAUUGGACUCAAAGCCAGAAUUGAGAGUCGGCGGGCAGAAAGAGCCGAGCAGCAGCGUGUGAGGGCUGAAAAAGAGCGAGACAGGCAGACACGGAUUGCGGAGGAGAGACAGAGGAAAGAGGAUGAAGAGGCGAAGAAGCGAGCCGAUGAUGAGGCCAAAAAGAAGAAAGUGCUCUCCAACAUGGGCGCUCACUUUGGAGGCUUCCUAGCAAAGGCGGAGCAGAGACGAGGAAAAAGACAAACUGCAAGAGAAAUCAAGAAGAAGACUCUGUCGGAGAGACGCAAGCCGUUGGCUAUCGAGAACCUGAGAGAGGACGGCCUGAGAGAGAGAGCCAAAGAGAUGUGGGAAUGGAUCUACCAGCUGGAGUCUGAGAAGUUCGACCUGACUGAGAAGAUGAGGAGGCAGAAAUAUGAGAUCAAUGUCCUCCUGAACAGAAUCCAACAUGCUCAGAAAUUCAAAAAGGGCCACGGGAAGGGGAAGGUUGGAGGACGCUGGAAGUGAACUCACACACAGGAGGCAUAAAAAAACAGAAGACUGAUCUUUAGUUUCAGGACAAGGUUGCAGCAGUUUUGCAGUGUUUAUCAUUGACCAGCACUAGGUAUGAUAGACUUUUGUGUGUCCUUUACUUUAAAUGCAUCCUCUGAAAUUUGCAUCUUUAGUUAAUAAAAUGCAUGAACGCACAACAUAUUUCGGCGUUUGACAAAUAGAAUUUUUCUGCUGAGAAUUCAUGACAGCUGCUACAAAGGACUAUGACUCACUAGCUGAGGUCUCUCACAAACUUCUUUACGAAGGACAAAUAAAAUGUGUUUGCAUAAAA